GCCCAGGCAAGAGAGGCAGCAUGGAGGAGGCGCCCCACGGCUGCCCCGGGGCCGACAGCGCCCAGGCGGGCCGAGGAGCCUCGUGCCAAGGAUGCCCCAACCAGAGACUGUGUGCAUCCGGAGCCAGCGCCGCACCGGACCCGGCUGUGGAGGAAAUCAGAGAGAAGAUGAAGACUGUACGACACAAGAUCUUGGUGCUGUCUGGGAAAGGCGGUGUUGGGAAAAGCACAUUCAGUGCCCACCUUGCCCAUGGCCUGGCAGAGGAUGGAGAUACACAGGUUGCUCUUCUGGACAUCGAUAUCUGUGGACCAUCGAUUCCCAAGAUCAUGGGCUUAGAAGGAGAGCAGGUUCACCAGAGUGGCUCCGGCUGGUCUCCAGUGUAUGUGGAGGACAACCUGGGGGUGAUGUCUGUGGGCUUCCUGCUCAGCAGCCCGGAUGAUGCUGUCAUCUGGAGGGGACCAAAGAAAAAUGGUAUGAUCAAGCAGUUCCUCCGUGAUGUAGACUGGGGAGAUGUGGACUACCUCAUCAUAGACACCCCACCCGGCACAUCCGAUGAACACCUCUCUGUGGUCCAGUAUCUGGCUGCGGCACAUAUUGAUGGGGCAGUGGUCCUUACCACCCCUCAGGAGGUGGCCCUCCAGGAUGUCCGGAAAGAGAUCAGCUUCUGCCACAAGGUGAAGCUGCCCAUCAUUGGUGUGGUAGAGAACAUGAGUGGCUUCAUCUGCCCCAAGUGCAAGAAAGAGUCUCAGAUCUUCCCUCCCACAACUGGGGGUGCAGAGGCCAUGUGCCAGGACCUGAAGAUCCCUCUUCUGGGCAAAGUGCCACUCGAUCCACACAUAGGCAGGAGCUGUGACAAAGGCCAGUCUUUUUUUGUUGAAGCCCCAGAUUCACCAGCCACAGCAGCCUACAGAAGUAUAAUUCAGAGGAUCCGAGAGUUUUGUAAUUCUCAUCAGUCACAUGGUGAGAACCUCAUCAGUCCCUGAAGUGGGACAGGGCCAAGUGCCACCUGCUAACCACAGAGCUUGCAGGCUACGUGUCCAGCCACACCUGCUCAGCGGGGGACAGGUGGUGCCACACAGAUGCUGACAGGAUUUGCAGUCACUCAUUAAGACACUAUAAUCACCUAUCUGCCUAUUUCUUCGAGAUCAAAGGUACAGGCGCUCUAUAUCCAGGUGCCAUUCACCAGAAAAUAAAAAUGUCUCCUUGAACCUGU